ACAGCUUGCACUUGCCAAUGAAACCGACGGUCGUCGUUAAGCGGGAAGCGUGUUUUGUUUUGUUGUUUGUUAUUUCACAAGUAAUGGAGUAGUGUAGAUUUCAAUGUAAUCAACCCAUCGAUGAACUGAAGAGUUGUAUUUGUUCUAAGCCUUUAAGAUGCAGAGGAAGCGAGCUAAUGAUGAGAAUGAUGCCUCAACAACGCAGACAAAAAGACGGCGGCAAGCACCCGAACAGAUCAAAUCGCAAAUUGCAUUACUACAUGAAGAUAAAAACGAAGGAGUUCGGAGCGGCAAAAUUAUUAGGAUACACCUAACGAAUUUUAUGUGCCAUGGGAACCUCCAAAUUGAUUUCAAUCCCCAGGUGAACCUUCUUAUUGGUCGUAACGGGAGUGGCAAGAGUGCAAUCCUGACAGCACUUAUCGUUGGGCUUGGCGCGAAAGCGAGCAAAACAAGCAGAAGUGGACAAUUAAAAAAUUUCAUCAAAGCAGGGGAAAAUAGUGCAACCAUCGAAAUUGAGAUAGCGAAUGUAGGUGUUGGCGCUUACGAUAGUGAUACAUUUGGACAAAAGAUUAUAAUUAAACGAAAAAUCACGCCUACAAGUUCAGCUUAUGAAAUCAAAGAUGCAUACGGUCACGUUGUUUCUAAGAGUCGCGAGGACUUGAUGAAAAUAAUGUUGUUUCACAACAUCCAAACAGACAAUCCUGUUUUUGUGUUGAAUCAAGAUGCAGCCCGGAGUUUCCUGAGAGACAUGGUACCCAAGAAAAAUUACGAAUUAUUUUUAAAAGCUACACAAAUGGAAAUAAUUUUGGAGAAACUCAACAAAUGCGUUCAACUCUAUAAUAAAUAUAAAGCUAAGCUCACCGUUAGUACAAAACAAUUGGAACACGCUGAAAAAGAAUUAAGAGAACUUGAAGUCAAAUAUGAAAGACUAAAAUCUGUGGAAGAGAUUAAGCAAUCUAUCAAUCUGUACAAAUUACAACGCCUGUGGCUGCGCGUUACUGAACAAGAGAAAAAAAUUGAGAAACUACAGAAUGAAAUUACAGCCAAAGAAACUGAAAGGGAUAAAAUCAAUGACAAGAUCAAUAGUAAUUCCAGUGAUGUUAGUUUGAAAGAAAGGUUGAAAGAUUUGCAAAGAGAAUGUGAUGAAAAAAAUUCAUUGCUGCAGGGGGAGAAUCGAGCACUGAUCAAUCUGCAAAAUGCAUAUAAAGAAGCGAAUUGUAAAUACCAAGUCGAACAGCAACAACGUGUGAAACUUAGGGACCGCUGCAAGCGAAUUGAAGAAGAAAUAGAAACCAUAAAUGAGGAAAUUUCUAAACGUAAAGAGUCGAACUCAUCCCAAAUCACCCAAAAACGGCUUGAAGUAGAUCAGGAAAAGAAAAGGCUGGAAGAUCAACGCCAAGAAGUUGAAUCUAUGAUUGCAACGCUAAAACAAGAUCUACGGCUAAAUGCACACAAUAAAGAGCGACAAACGGAGGAAUAUGAGUCAGUGAAAAUGCAGAAAAAGUCUCUUCAACAUAAAAUCGCUUCCAACGAACAAGAACUAACACGAAUCGGAACAUUAUCAAACGAUCGUCUUGAAGUUUAUGGUCAACACAUGAAAUCAUUAAUUCAAAUGAUUGAAAAAGUUUAUAAUAACAGAAAAUUCUCAGCUUUACCGAAAGGUCCGCUGGGACGAUAUUUAGAAGUACCUGAUAAAAAAUGGCGUGGAGUUGUAGAGCAACUUCUUGGUGGUCAUCUGACGAGUUUCAUUGUCAAUAAUGGUCAAGAUCGUCAAGUUUUGGAUAAAAUUAUAAAAACACAUUUUCCUCAAAGUCGACACACUAUAAUUACUGCAAAAUUUCGUGGCCAGCAAUACAACGUACAAGAUGGGUCAGUACCAAAAAUACGAGGCGCUCAUCUACUUCUGGACCUCAUAAAAUGUUCCGAUCCUGACGUUAUCAAUUGCCUCAUCGAUCAAAUUAACAUCGAAACAAUAGUCUUGGUUGAGGAUCAAAAUCUUGCCGUUCAACUUACCAAAGAUGAAUCCCAAGUUCCAGCAAAUUUACGAAAAGUCGUCCUGUUGGAUCCGCUUAUUGAAUAUUUUCCAUCACCAUUAUAUCGUGCAUACUCGCUGGAACCUCGAAAUCCGCGCUACAUGCAAGUGAACAUAGAUGACAGGAAAAAGGCUUUGCGUGACGAAAUUUUACGCAACAAAGAACUGCAAGAGCAGAUUGAUCAGAAACUGCAAUCAUUCCGACAAAAACUCGGAAAUUUCGAAGAAUAUCAAAAGAAGAAUCAGACACUACUACGUAAACACGAAUCAUCUAUGAAUGACAUCAAGCUUCAGAUUGAAGAAUUGAAUAACUAUGAAUUCCCCAGUGAGAAUGAAAAUGAAGUGUUGCGCAAUGAAGUGCAAAAACUGGAAAACAGUCGCAAUCUGAUUCAAACCAAGCUGAAAGAAAAAGAGUCGAAUUGCAUGGAACUGAAACAGGCGGCCCAGGAAAAGCACCAAGCAGUUCAGAAGCAACAGGAAAAAAUUAAAUCGUUCGAACGUGAAGUGAAUUCGUUGAUGGAAGAGCUGAAUGCAAACAAAUUGGAAGUAGCAAAGAAGGGCAAUUCUCUGCGUACACUUACUGCGAAAUUGAGCCAGCUAGAAGAAGAUAUUAGUAAAUUAAAGACUCUUAUUGCUAAUGAAGAACCCCAGUUGUCAGAAUACCACCAAGAAGCAUCCAAUAAUGGUGAACGUGUCGAUACGGAUAAAAGCAACUCCGAAUUAAACCAUCUGAUUAAAAGCUUAGAAGUUAAAAUGAAGCAAAUUUGUUCAAUCGAAGAAAAUAUACAUGAUGUGGCGGCUCUGGUAGAAGACAAGAGGUUAAAAUUCCAAACGGAUCAACAGCUUAUGCAAACCAUUUCGGACUCUUUGGUUUUGUUGAAGAAAUCACGGCAGCAAAGAUUCAGGACACUAAAAUGUCUCCUAGAACACAUGGCCAUUCGUGUAUCACAUACAUUUAAACACAUUCUGAAACUACGCGAUUUUGACGGCGAGCUUAGCAUCGAUCACGCGGAGAAAACUUUAACAAUGACCAUAGUUCCAAGAGACAAACAUAUCAAAAAUGCCGUAUCAAAUACCAAAUCUCUGUCUGGUGGCGAACGAUCAUUUUCAACAGUGGCAUUGUUACUCUCUUUAUGGUCGUGUAUUGAUCAUCCAUUUUAUUUUUUAGAUGAAUAUGACGUUUUUACGGAUGAAUUCAACCGGAAAGUUAUAACGCAAUUACUCUUAAACGAAGCAAAGAAGAAGUCACAUCGGCAGUAUACAUUUUUAUCGCCGCAGGAUAUGUCUUUUGUGGAGGCUUCAAAUUGGAUAAAAAUCCACAGGAUGGCCGACCCUCGCUCUUCGCAGUAAAAUGUAAUAUAAAUAGCUAACAAAAGCAACAAAGUUUAGUAACAAAUAAAAACCAUUUUUUGAUAAAAUCGGAA